UUUCACUGUAUAAAGAUGGAGGCAGAUGGAGGAGCAUCCACAUCAGAUCUCUAGAGCCAAAGUGACCCUUUCCUACCUUGUGACCCUGUCAGGAUGGCUGCUGCUCGUUUCUGUCUGCCUGUGCUGGUCCUCAUGCUGGCCGUUCUGGCUCUGACCCACGGUAUGCGGGGUGCCGGCCCAAAGAAAUGCUGCUUCCGCUUCAAUGAGACCCCCAUGGAAAAGGAAAAUGUGGUGGCUUACAUGAAGACCAGCCAGCGUUGCUCCAGGCCUGCUGUCCUGCUGAAGACAGCGGCCGGCCGUCAGCUGUGCGUCAGACCCUCAGCCCCCUGGGUAAAAGAGGUCAUCAGCUACCUGGAUACUAUGGAACAGUCCUCCAGUAUGUAAGGAUGGAAGCAACAGGAGAGCCCCCCCCAGCAGCUCUCCCAAUGCCUGCUGCACACUCAGAGCUACUGAGUUUUUUUGACAUCUCUGUUUGAGUAUUUUGGGUUUUCUUCGAUUUUCUGAAAACAGCUUAUUUAAUUCAACACUUUGACCGGCAACACUGUGAACGGCUGUAAUCUGACCCGGGGGGGGGGGGGGCCCCCCUCUACCACAAGGAAGGAGGGCGCCAGCUCCUCGUCAGCAGAGAAUAAGCUAUAAACUACAGAACAGUUUGACCUGGAAUUGUUUUUAUUUUUCUACAUAUUUGAAGUCAUUGUUUCAAAGAAUAUGAAUUUCCAAGAUUCUUUCAAUCUUGAUCUGAAACUUUGAUUUUUAUUUUAUUAUAUUUCAAACAUUGAAUUUCUAUUUGUCUUCAUUUUAGCCUGUAACUGUCUGAGUCUGCAAUUGUUGUAAAAGGAAACAGAAAAGUUUUCUGAAAAUAAACUGCUUUUGUUUGAGAUCAAA